UUCUCAAGUUUGAGUACAGAGGCGGGUGUUAUUUCAAAUCAGAAUAUUGCACGGCGUUUACAGCAGCUUUUCCCAGAUAUUCUUACCGAAACAUAUGACCCGGAUCGCUUCCUUUUCCGUCAUACUGAACUUGAACGCACCAACACAUCUCUAAGAGCGUUUGCGGCUGCUCUUUUCGGUGCUGGGGCACAAAAUGUCAUCUACGAAGACAUACCCGAAACGGAUUGGUUUCUGAGGCCAUUUGAUGUUUGUCCGGCAUUUUUAGAUGAAGUGGAAAAUAGGUUUGAUCAACAAUUGGCACUUCGUCAAGGACCCGAGGUCGAAGAAAUGUUGGCAGACGUCAAUAGAAAAUUGGGGUUUCACAGCUCGAAUUCGUUAAGUUUCGAUACUGUUUAUGUAAUGUGGGAAUGGUGUCGUUUCGAAACGGCAUCGACGUUUGAAUUUUCAGGAUCUGAGACUGGAGGUGAUUCGGUCUGGUGUGCUCCAUUUUCAUUAACUCACCAUUUACUGUUUGAAUACCAUGACGAUUUGUUUCACUUUCACUAUACCGGUUAUGGCGUAAGAAAUCAACGAUUGGUGGAGAAUCUGAACUGUGGUGUCAUGCAAGACCUUCUGAAUUUCAUCGAUUCGAACAAUGAUGACGAUGUCGUCGCUAGACUUUUUAUGUCUCACAGACAGUUGAUACAAACGAUGAUGGUUGUAUUGGGUUCGUUCCGUGACACUUGGCCAAUACAUCAGCAUAACUACGCCCAGCAAUCAGGAAGAAAUUGGUUGACGAGUGUAAUGACACCAUUAGGGACAAAUUUAGUGGUUAUUCGUUACGAUUGUGAUGACGAACGACGACGACCUAGUUUUCCUUUUGAAUGAACGACCUAUCCUUGUACCAGGUUGUGAUCAACACACAGGAGUAUGCAAAGUCAGUGUAUUUUUGGAUCGAUUCCGGCGAUUCAUUGGUGCUAACUGUGAGGAAUACUACUGCAGUAGUGACUGAAGUGAAUGUGACCUUUUUGUGUAAUGGUUGAGCACCAAAUAAAUUUUGAAUUCUGUGUUAAUGUUGGAGAUUCAAUAAUCUAUACUUAUAUUUGAAUGA